AUGGGCAAGAAGAAACAGGAAAUGGCUCAGGUGUACAGCAACUCCAACAACGAGUUCAUCUUCGGCGAGAACGGUGGCCGUGGAAAGCACUUGUCGUCGUUUUUGAAGAACCUCUCCUUGACAGGCUCAUCUGCCAGCAAGUCGCCCUCGUCCUCCACCAAGCCCGACGACUACCAGGAGGCCAACAGCAAUAUCUACGGCAGCUUGGCGUGGGGAGCGCCCAAGGGCACGGGGGGAAUGCCCAGAGGCGUCAGUAAUAGCGGGUCUAUUAUCUCCAGCAGCUUGAAGCGGACGCCUACACAACGAUCUGUGUCGUUGGGCACCCCCAGCGCCCACCGCUCGCCCACAAGAGAAGAAUACACCAAGACUCCGGGAAGCUCGUCUCGGAGAAGGUCUCAGUCCAACUCCAGAUACGCUGACUUGGACGACGACUGGGACGCUGGGCUCGACGAGGUGUCGGUAGUUCCCAAACAACCAGAAAACCGUAACUUCCCAAUGUUGGACUCGUUGUACCCCGAUCUCACGCUCCCUAGCGCCUCGUCGUCUACGUCCAACUUGGAGUCUCCUAAAAAAGAGUCAAUGGACUUCGAGGACUACCAGGCCAAAUUGGAGAUCAACAAAUUGAACCAGUUGAAUUCAAAGUACUCAAAAUUCCGCAAAGUCCUUACCACCGAUUCCAGCAUCAAUCUUCAAGACUUGCGCAAAUUGGCCUGGAAUGGAAUUCCUCCGGAAUUGAGGGCUUUAACCUGGCAAAUAUUGCUAGGAUACCUUCCUACAAAUAAGUCUAGACAAAGAUCUACCUUGAAGAGGAAAAGGCAAGAAUAUAUGGAAGGCAUAGAAGCUGUGGCCAAUAUUGAUUUCGAAGACGAUGCACCCUCAAAUACUUCGAGCACCUCAAUUGGCACCAACCGUGAAAAGCAACUCUAUCACCAGAUCAACAUAGAUGUCAAGCGUACCCACCCUACAAUCAAGUUAUAUUCUUUCCCAGAAGUACAACUGUCCUUGCGCAAGAUUUUGUACUUGUGGGCAGUUAGACAUCCUGCUAGUGGUUACGUCCAGGGUAUUAAUGAUUUAUGUACUCCAUUUUUUCAAAUAUUCUUGGGCCAUUACCUUUGGCAAUUGCAGCGGAAGGCUUCAAUACAAAAACAAGGCAACGAAGCUGAAGAAGACCUAUUCAUACAAGGACUAAUGGAUGAUACAGACACUGCUGAACAAGCUCUCCUCCAGGACCCCAGGCUCGGAGACUACACUAUUGAUACAUUCAAUCCAAAACUAAUUUCUUCUAGAGUGCUUUCUUUGAUCGAGGCAGAUACAUACUGGUGCUUAUCGCGGUUGCUUGAAAACAUCACAGACAACUAUAUCCAUGAGCAGCCAGGAAUUCUACGCCAAGUGGGAGACCUUAAAAACCUCAUCUCAAGAAUCGACAUCGAGCUACUUAAUCACUUUGACCAUGAAGGCAUUGAGUUCAUCCAGUUCGCGUUUCGCUGGAUGAACUGUCUUCUCAUGAGAGAAGUUUCCAUCAACCUCAUCACUCGAAUGUGGGACACUUAUCUUUCGGAGACUCCGUUGGGAUUCAACAACUUCCAUGUGUAUGUGUGUGCUGCAUUUUUGGUGAAAUUUAGCUCCGAGCUCAAGCACAUGGACUUCCAGGAGAUCCUCUUGUUUUUACAGAACCCACCCACACAAUCGUGGACAGAAAAGGACGUGGAGUUGAUGUUGAGCGAGGCAUUCAUCUGGCAAAGCUUGUACAAAAAUGCCUCUGCACACUUGAGGAACUAG